AUGGAUCAACACGACGACUUCGAUAGCGUCUCCUGGAAACACGACCCGGACAAUGAUGUGUCCCGGCCGACGACAUCGGGAACGGAUGCGGAGGAGUCGCAUAGAGACGAGCAUGACUCCAAUGGCAAGCGCAGAAUGAGCUCUGCCCACGAUGAACCCCAGGCCGGUCCGCUGGCCGAUGCCGUAGACCUGGCUGGCAUCGGAGACGGUGUGCUAGAGUGCCAAGUCGACACCCCGAUGAAAGAAAGCGACGGUACCAAGGACGCAUAUAUCUCAUACCUGGUCACAACACAUACUGAUUUCAAGUCAUUUCAAAAAUCCGACUUUAGUGUAAGGCGACGAUACCACGAUUUUGAUUUCUUGUACAAGACACUCUAUCGCAAAUACCCAGCAUGCGCCGUUCCGCCAUUGCCAGACAAGCAGAAGAUGGAAUAUGUCACAGGAGACCGUUUCGGGUCAGACUUUACGAAACGCCGGGCGUGGUCGCUACACCGAUUCUUGAAACGUCUAACACUUCAUCCUGUAUUGCGCCGUGCGCCGCUUCUUACCAUCUUCCUGGAGUCGCCUGAUUGGAAUGCACACAUGCGGCUGCAUACGAAUCGUGGGUCAACAAGUACCGGUUCGGACAAUGCCACGCCGGGCAUCUUCGACAACCUGACAGAUUCAUUUGUCAACGCCUUCACAAAGGUCCACAAAGCGGAUCGCCGAUUUAUCGAAGUGAAGGAGAAAUCUGAUAAGCUGGACGAGGACUUGUCGCACGUGGAAAAGACCGUGGCGCGGGUCGCGCGGCGAGAGUCCGAUCUCGAAACGGACUACACCGAGCUGGCGACACAGUUCCGCAAGCUUGUACCUCUUGAACCGGCAGUCGAGAUGCCCUUGCAAGUUUUCGCAGCCUCGGUGGAGGAGACCGCACGCGGUGUUCAUGAGUUGAAAGAGCACACGGAUCAAAAUUAUUUGGGCUCGCUGCGCGACAUGGAGUCAUAUAUCCUGUCCGUCAAGGCCCUCCUCAAGACCCGUGAACAGAAGCAGCUAGACUUCGAGGCCCUAGUCGAUUAUCGCAACAAGGCUGUGGCCGAACGUGAUUCUUUGGCUGCCAACCCGGCUGCCUACUACGCCUCUAACCCGCUCACCUCUUCUCCCGCUUCCUUUAUUCGCUCUAAGAUGGAAGACAUGCGUGGUGUCGACCAUGAGCAGUCCCGGCGCGAACGAGUUCGCAAGCUCGAGCUUCGCAUCGACGAGCUAACCCGUGAAGUCGAAUCAGCCCGGACGACGUCGGAAAUGUUUGACGAAGAAGUCGUUCGAGAGGUGGCAGACUUUGAGCGUAUCAAGGCCGUAGAGUUCCGUGAUUCCCUCGGCUCUCUAGCAGAGUCACACAUCGAUUUCUACCAGGGUGUCCUUUCCACCUGGGAGCGAUUUAUUGCCGAAAUGGAGGGUGACUCUGAAAUCGGUCUCGAGGCUGAAGAAGCUGCUAUGGGAGUGCGGUAG